GGGGGCGGGGGCCGCCGGGCGGGGGAAUAUACAAAGUGAAGCCACAUUGCCAAACUUGCAGCAGCGAUUGCAGCAGUUGCUGCCGCUGCGCCGCGCCUGAAGCCGCGCCGCGCGGGCCGAGGGCUCCUGCAGCUGCUCGCGCGCAGCCGGAGGCGGAGGAGAAGGACGAAGACUGAGACUGACACUUCUGCUCACGGCCGCCUGCCACUUACGCGGGGGCCCCCCAACCCGCCCCAGAGCAACGCGAUUUAAAAAAAAAAAAAAAAAGCCGCCCUUAGCCCCCUCCUCCCCUUUCCUGCUUCUGCGAGAACUCCCUCCCUCCCUCCAGCUCCGCCAGCCCAGGCGCCCCUUCCCUGGAAGCCGAGCGGCUUCGCUCGCAUUUCACCGCCGCCGCCUCUCGCAAUAUUGCAAUAUAGGGGAAAAGCAGACCAUGGUGAAUCCGGGCAGCAGCUCGCAGCCGCCCCCGGUGACGGCCGGCUCCCUCUCCUGGAAGCGGUGCGCAGGCUGCGGGGGCAAGAUUGCGGACCGCUUUCUGCUCUAUGCCAUGGACAGCUAUUGGCACAGCCGGUGCCUCAAGUGCUCCUGCUGCCAGGCGCAGCUGGGCGACAUCGGCACGUCCUGUUACACCAAAAGCGGUAUGAUCCUUUGCAGAAAUGACUACAUUAGGUUAUUUGGAAAUAGCGGUGCUUGCAGCGCUUGUGGACAGUCGAUUCCUGCGAGUGAACUCGUCAUGAGGGCGCAAGGCAAUGUGUAUCAUCUUAAGUGUUUUACAUGCUCUACCUGCCGGAAUCGCCUGGUCCCGGGAGAUCGGUUUCACUACAUCAAUGGCAGUUUAUUUUGUGAACAUGAUAGACCUACAGCUCUCAUCAAUGGCCAUUUGAAUUCACUUCAGAGCAAUCCACUACUGCCAGACCAGAAGGUCUGCUAAAAGGUCAGAGUAAUGCAGAAUGCGUGCCUUCAUCUCAGAUUUGUUCAUCACAGGUGGAUCCCAUGUGUCUUCAGUAGACAAGUCACCUUUGUAGCUAGCACCAGUGCCAGCUCCAUGCCAUUGCACCUUCUUUAGUCUUGAUUGCCCUUCCCGCAUUUAUUGGUGUAUUAAAAUGACUGAAUAUGAACAUUAAGGACUCCAUGAACCUGGGCUAAUGGGAGACUGUAGAGAAAAUGAAAAAAGAUCCACCAGAGGACAUCUUGUGGGGGGGGGGGGCGGGGAGGGAGCUGGUGGGGGGAGGGAAAUGACUAAUGAAGCUAAUUAAAAGAAGCAUUCAAAUCUGCUUUCUACCCUCAUUAACAAUUAGCAGGGCACUGGCCAGAGUUUGUACCCUGUGUUUUACCUUAACAACAUUCUAUUUGCUCUUUGUAUAUUUAAGUGUUGUAAGGAAACGUGUUUCAAUCAAAACUGAACAUGAGAUAAAGGAAAGAGAUGUGGCUUUUGUGAUAUUCUAUCACAAACACUUAUUGUAUCUCUGUAAAAUACAAUGUAUGUAUGCAUGUAAGUGUUUUUGUCCUAAUGUUGCUACUCCCAUGGCAAAGGAAAAAAAAAGAAUGAAAAAAAGAAAAAAAAUUGGAAAAAAAAAUCAGGCUCAUAGCAGCUACUGUGUAGAAAAUUCCCCCUACUUCUAAUUUGCUGAAUGAAGAAAAAAAAAUCUUUUAUUUGUGAUAUUUUCAGAGACAUUUGCUCUAGUAUGGUGUAUUUAAAUAAUAAAAACUUAAAAGAAAAAAUAUUUAAUGGUGUUUGGGUUUAAACACUGCUUUUUCUCUUCUGUAUUUUGAAAAAAUUUAGUUUUUAUUGUUGUUGAAUAACAAGCUCACUUCAAAUUUGAAGGAGUUGAGGGAGGUGGAGUGUAUAUUUAUUUAGCUCUGGGCCAGUAAGGUAUUCUUCAAAUUACUUAACCACGCCAUUAUUGGCAGGGGUACAAAGCAGUUUCUAACAGAGUCCUUUCUAUAAGUCAAGAAUAUUCUGUUAACAGCAUUUCGUUACACUGCUAUAUCACAGUAAGUCUUUUGUGUUUAUAUAUAAAUACUUGAGUGUCCACUAUUUUGUUUAUUAUUUUUCUCAAUAGCAAAGCCUUGGGUAUUGAUGAAAAGUUUGUAAAAAAAAAAUAUGGCACAACCAUCCUGUUCUCUUACUGAGUUUAUAGCUUUUGAAGGAAGUCACAAUUUCUAAGUCAUACCUGUACAUAUUUUGAAGCUCAGUUAGUUGUAGGGACCCAGAGUUCUUUUUUUAAUAGUGAUCUUUGAUGGGUGAAGUAGCCAUGUCCUGGUGACCCUUAGGCUCCUGUGGUCGGCUGUAAGAUGUUUCUUUUGUUUUGCUCCUACACUUCUUUACUGACUCUGCCUUUCCGUAUGUAUUUUGGGGGAAGAUUCUGACUUCAUUUAGUCUUAAGUCUUGAGAUACUGAGUUGCUGGUUGCAGGCAGCAGAGUGUCCACGACAGCGCUUGCACUGCCCACGGAGCUGCUCUCCAGAAAGCAUGCAGUAUAACAGCUAGUGCUGGAAGGAGGAAAACCAAAUAGGCCUGGAGGCUGAGGUUGUACUGCCAGCUUCCUUAGAUGUGAGCAAAUUUCAACUACAACCUCCAUCACAGGCUAAUAAAACCAGGUGUGUGAACGCUACUAUUUUAAAUUUUCUUUUUGAAGAUGGCAUUUUAUUUUGUUUCAGAAAAGCGCCUGAUGUAGACCCUCCCUCUGAGAAAAGCGCCUGAUGUAGACCCUCCCUCUGAGAAAAGCGCCUGAUGUAGACCCUCCCUCUGAGAAUAGCGCCUGAUGUAGACCCUCCCUCUGAGAAUAGCGCCUGAUGUAGACCCUCCCUCUGAGAAUAGCGCCUGAUGUAGACCCUCCCUCUGAGAAUAGCGCCUGAUGUAGACCCUCCCUCUGAGAAUAGCGCCUGAUGUAGACCCUCCCUCUGAGAAUAGCGCCUGAUGUAGACCCUCCCUCUGAGAAUAGCCGGGGAGCCAUGUAGAGAGGUGUUGCUCAGCACAUCUCAACUACCAGUCAGCUUCCCUUUGAGAACUUGUGCUCACUUCCUGUUUUCAGAGAUUCCAGGGCAGGGAAAAAAAAAAAUCAGUUGAACUUCAAACCUCCUAGAGGAGAUUGUAAAGGCAUAGAGUUGAAGUGAAUAGUUUUGUUAGAACCUUAUAAAAAUAAAAUGCAAGAAAAUAAUAUGAAGAAAUCACAUAUAUAUCUGUUUGAAUUAGAUGUCUGUUUGAAUUAGAUCCUUGGGGAAUUUCUUCAAACUAGUUCUGUUUCUUAUAUUUGUUUGUUUGGUUUUUUUCCUUUAAGGAACUUUCCGAAGGAAGUUAGAUUGGGAUGGUAAAGGGGGAAAUGGGUUAAUGAGAUUGCAGGCAUUUUCUAUAUUCUUUCUGGCAUAAGCACUCAUGUCCCUGAUAUGUACAAAUUCAAAGGAGGUGGUUAAUAACUUCAGUAAAUAAUAUAUUGUGGCAUUUAGUGAUGUGGAGGGCUAAGGUCAUUACAGACUUUAAAUAAACUAUUAUAUGGCUGGUUCCUCAAGCACUGCUGCGUAUUUAAUAAUGAGCUUCUAAAAGCAUUUCUUAAGUUGCAGACCUAUAAGAUUACAAAUGUCACUCAUGUUAGUAUAAUCCACAUGCAAGUGAUGAAGCCUUCUCUUUGAUGUGCUAAAUUGGAGAAGGACUAAUGGAGCUAUGAAUAUACAAUAGAACAUAUUUAAGUAGUAGUCUCGCUUUAGGUAAAACACUUUCUUGAAACCAGAGGCAUUUCAAACAAUAAAACCCGGCUCUAAUGGGGAUGCUCUGUGUGGAUAGAAAGCUACUAAAAACACUCAGGUUUAUUCUGAUGUGAGCAGUGAUUGUGUGCAGUUCCUCCCCCAACCUCAACAUUGCUUAGGAAAAAAAAAAAAUCUAUGAGUUUAUUCCACUUUUCAUCCAUUGCAUUUGUGAUGUUAUUAGUUAGUGAGAUGGACACUGUUCUUUUCAAAGGACUUAUUUAAUGUUAACCACGUCAUAGAGCAAGAUGGCCCCCAGUCCCUACAAGCAAGUGCAAUUAAAAAUCAAAUGUUACUGAGCCCUGCUGAACUCCUGAUAAAAAAAAUUAUGUUUAUGAUACAUAUAAAUGUCUCAAUCAUGCAAAUUGUCACUCGUGCUAAUGAAACAAUUUUGUAAAAAGAUUGUCCUGUAAAAGGGUUUAAUGUUUUUUACCUAUCUAACUGUCUAGUUAGAUUUACACAUCCCACAAGGCAGGGGAGCCUGAAGCUUUUCCAAACCAAAUCGUUUGCCACUAGAAACUAUUUUCAGCUCUUCAUGAUUUAUUAGGAAAUAGUUUAACCCGGACUGUAGUGUCUUAUAAAAUACAAAAUGAGAAAACUGUCACACCAAAAUGAAGUCUGUGAAAUUGUCAUCCUCUUAAUAUUAGCUGUAUUUAAAUUCUUUCUUUUGCCCUUAUUAACACUGAUAUUUGAAACAACUAAUCAUCUAAAAUGAAGCUCUUAAAGGGUUUUAAAUGUCAAUAUAGUAAGAUUCUAAUGUGCACUACUAUUUAUAUAAAAUAUUUCUUAGGGCCCAUAAAUCAUAUAAUAAACAGUGAACCCAAGAGCUACAUAUGGAGUCUAGUGAAGAGUUCCCAUGUAGCCUAACUAAUUGUAUUUAAAUUGAGGAGAUUCAAAAACCCCAUCACCCUUCACCCCAAAGACCCCUUCACCCUUCACCAGGGAAUUCUAUCCUGGGUGCUGUCCCACCUAUGACCCCUUUAAGAGGCCAUUGGAAAAAGGCCAUUUACAAGUUAAUGUUACUUACAGCUUUGUUACUAAGACUUACCUAUUGUUAGUCCAGCCAAGUCACAGAAAUGCUUAUUGCAGUUAAAUAGCAAUUUGUUUCCAUGAAACUGCAAUUAAAGUAUUACUGAGCAGCCAUUUUAGAUUGGCAGUGCUCUGAACGCAUGUUAAACAGCCAGCUACUCCCACUUGCAGAGUCUGAGAUCUGACUAGCAGCAAAGUGUAACACAUUCACCGAUGCUGGGUACCUAGUUAAAGAGGCAUUUCUAGCCCUCUGCUCCCAUCGUGAACAUGCUGAGAGCAAUGACAAGUCGGGGUUGAUUUUUGGAAGGUGAACUUGCAACUUACCUCUAGUGAAUACUGUUUUCAGUUGUGCAAGAAGUGCUUUAUUCUAGUAGACAUGUGCAUGUUUCCUAGAGGGAAUGUUUUCAAGUUCAGAUUGAUUCUGCUGAGAAUGGACGGCAACUCGGAGGCCUCAAGCCAGUAAUGUACUACAGGCCCUGACAUGUUACAGCUGUGUAAACAGGGCCAUUCUAUUUCCUAAAUCACAACUAAUAAAGCAGAGGAUGAAAAUCAA